AUGUCUCGGGCUCAGGAUGCAUUAGCGCUGUUGCGUGCCCUCAAAAUCGUAGCGGAAGCUUCCGGCAAAAUGCAUAGCGAAUAUGCCCGUCACCUGUGGGCCAAUUCCAGUGUUCGGGAACUGCUCGAGCAGCAACUGAAGCAGAGUGAGGACACCGUAAAGAAGCUUCUCCAGAAUCCCAACGUAGAGUUGGAAAAGGCCGGAGGACUGCUGAAGGAGACCCUGGAACGGUCAGCUGUGGUGGCCGAAGGAUUGAAGCAACUAGCCGCAAUUUCGUUGCCGAAGGUGACGGGCCCCGGUGGCAUUGGUGGAACGACGGGACCGAUUAGGUUCACCGGAGGGUUUGGUCAGCAGGCACAGGAACAAGAUCAGUCGGCAGCCGCGGGACGGACAUCGGAUAUUGGCAAUCUAGACAUAUCUCAAAUUACGCUCAAAGAGCUGGAGGCUAUCCUUUCGGAGCAUAGCAAAAACCGACAAGUAAACUUAUCCCUCGACGGAGAUAAACGCAAACCAUUGAACCGAAGAAGUUACAGGAUUUGGCCGACCCACCAAUCCCUCCGCCACAACAGACGCACGAAAUCAAAGUACCGCCAACCGCAACCAAGGGACCAAGAACAGGUGUCCAAAAAUGAUCAACUUGGUAUUCUUACAAACCAAACGUACCAAUUGAAACCUCCGACACCUGCCGGACCAAUUGAACUACCUCAGCUGAGCACAGUCGCCAAGCAGCGGAAAGUGCCGUCGUCACGUGUGGCUCGACUUCGCUCUUUCGGAGGGCUCUUCGCCGGACUGGGACUCGGCACCGUGAGCCGAGCUUACCAAAAGCGCAUUGGGACUGGUGGCACUACCGAUCCCAAAGAAGCCUUGUUCAGUCCUAACAAUGCUGAACGAAUCGUGGACACGUUGUGCGAAGUGCGUGGAGCUGCUCUCAAACUUGGGCAGAUUCUCAGUAUUCAGGACUCGAACGUGGUGUCUCCGCCUGUGAAUGCCUUCGAGAGGGUUCGUCAGGCAGCGGAUUACAUGCCCGAUUGGCAGGUGGAGCGGCAGAUGGUUAGCGAACUGGGCGAUCAUUGGCGCAAGAAACUGGCCAGUUUCGAUCAGAAGCCAUUCGCAGCGGCAUCCAUCGGUCAGGUUCAUAGGGGUGUGUUGCACGAUGGGACGGAAGUUGCCAUUAAGAUUCAAUAUCCGGGAGUUGCUAGGAGCAUCGAAAGCGAUAUCGAUAAUUUGGUCUCGAUGCUGAAGGUAUGGGACGUCUUUCCGAAGGAUUUUAUCGAUAAUGUGGUGGCGGUUGCGAAACGGGAGCUGGCUUGGGAGGUGGACUACGUAAGGGAGGCGGAGUAUACGGAACGAUUUGGCGAGAUGAUUCAACAUAUGCCGGAGUUCCGAGUGCCCAAGGUGAUCAAAAGCUUGACGUCGAAGAAUGUUCUCACGACCGAACUGGUGCCGGGAGUUCCCAUGGAUAAGUGUUUCAAUAUGAGCCAAGACCAUCGCAACCACAUCGCCCGAUCUGUGAUGAAGCUGUGCCUGAACGAAUUGUUUACCUUCCGUUGCAUGCAAACGGAUCCCAACUGGUCGAACUUCCUGUACGAUGCGGAAAGUAGACGAAUCAUGCUGAUUGAUUUUGGCGCCACGCGAUUCUACCCAAAACCGUUUAUGGAUAACUAUAUGAGGGUAAUCGAAGCCGCAACGAGAAACGACCGGAAACGAAUCUUGGAAUUAUCACGCCAAAUGGGUUUCCUGACCGGAUACGAAACGCCUACCAUGGAAAACGCCCACAUCGAUGCCGUCCUAAUCCUGGGUGAGGUUUUCAGUGUCGACGGAGAAUUUGAAUUCGGGCGGCAGAGUACAACCAAGAAAAUUGCUGCACUGGUUCCGGUAAUGGUUGCUCAUCGAUUGUGUCCACCACCGGAGGAAAUCUACUCACUGCAUCGAAAACUGUCCGGGGUGUUUUUGCUGUGUGCUAGACUCAAUGCUAAAAUUGACUGCAAACCCUUGUUCCGAGAGGUACAGCAAAGUUACACGUUUGGAUAGUUCUGUUAAUAAAGAGGUUUUAUUGGUUUAUAAUGUUCGUUAAGCCGCUAGCAAUCAAUCAGUUUUUCAAUGCUCGUUUUAACAAUUGUAA